UCGUGAUCGCCAGUGCUGCCUUGCUUGCCGUGGAGGGAGGACGUGUCACUUCAUCCUCCUGGUCAGUCAGUCUGCUUAGCGUUCUCUAGCCUAGGCCUCAACACCCCGCCCGGUAGGCCUAUACAGUGCCAUUCCCGAGUAUUGAAACUACCAUAGUAAGCACCCACAGGGGAAAAAAAUAUUCACAGCACUUUGUAAUGCACUUGAAAGAGAAAGAGAGAGAGAAAAUAUGGAAAAAUAAAUAAAACAGAAACUGGGGAAGUGAAGUGAGAUUGAAACACGUGAUAGUAAAGCAAGAUUCAACAUCACCACCAGCCCAGGAGUCACCACAUCCCAUCACCACAGGGGUGACUUGAGUGAAUUCUGGACACACACUGAGGGAGGAGAGCAAACAGUGCUUUUAACUUCAAUCAUAACAAUCAAUAAAGCAAGAAACCACCAAGAAUUUAUCAAUACUACAGUGCAAAACAGUGAAAAUUUGUAAAUAUUGAACUGAAUGGAUUGAAAAUGAUGAAACUGAACUAGAAAUUAAUGGAUUUAAUAUAGGAAAAACUAUCAAUGAAUUAAAAGAAUGAACUGCAAAGAAACAGGAACGAAUAGUAGUGAAAGUAUUGACGAUGGAAAAGAAUAAAAACCAUAAUAAAUAAAAGGAAAGUUGCAAUAUCUUAACUGAAUAUUCUUGGUAGUGACAAUUUCUUCGUGGUAAAAUUUCAAAACAUUAUCAAAGAAGUGUGCGAUUAAGCGAAUUUUUCCCCUUAAUUGUAAACAUAUGACACUGCUUUUGAAGUCACCGCAAAACUUAACCAAAAAACCUCCGUAGAAAAGAAAAUAUACGUGAAAAGAGAGAAAAAAAAAAAACCUCGACGUUGAAUAAUUGAAUACCACAAAAUUAGAUCACUUUGAGAAAAAAGAACAUCAAAGCAGAGAAAAUUCAAAUAAACUGCAUAAACAGUGAAUAAAUGACGUGAAACAUGAAAAACUGCACCAUUUGAGAAACCAAGUGACGUAAAAGAAAACGGAAGUGAGAGAAAACGAUGUGAGGGUGAAGCAUUAAGAGAAGGAACUCAAAUAAAAAAAGAACAGUGGCGAAAACGAAGAACCGAGUGAGAUAACACCAGAGAGAGAGAGAGAGAGAGAGAGAGAGAGAGAGAGAGAGAGAGAGAGAGAGUGUGAGGGUCUUCUCUGCACCACCUCCUCACCACGAUGCGCCUUCUCCCUCUCUUCACACUUUCAGAGACUCUUCAGCUUCUCUUCAUCCUCUUCUCUCAAGGCACUCCAGGCUGGGGACAGUACAUGGGAGCAGUUUACUACGGAAGUGGUUUACCCAGGACGCCCCCCGAACCCUCCCCAUCACCUAGGGGGGAGCACCGACCCCUCCCCUGGGAACCCAACUCCCCGGGGCCAAUGUUUGAUCCCUCACCACCCCAAAAUGUAACAGCUCUUAAGGAUGACAUUGCUUAUCUUCACUGCAUCGUGCAUAACAGAGGGAACAAGACGGUAUCUUGGAUCAGAGCCUCGGACCUGCACAUACUGACUGUGGCCCAGUACACCUACACAGCUGACGACAGGUUCGAGGUGAUACACUCUCCUGACUCCAACGCACACUCCUGGACUCUUAAGAUCAAGUCAGUCCAACCAAGAGACUCCGGAAGAUAUGAGUGCCAGAUUAACACUCACCCAACUGACCCAAUCACCUUCCCUGUUGACCUCUCUGUCUUUGUUCCCUCUGCCAAGAUUCUGGGCCUCUCGGAGCGUUACGUGGAUAGAGGCUCGACCAUCAACCUCACCUGUAUCAUCAACUUCAACCCAGAGUCACCCACGGAGAUCUUCUGGUACCACAAUAACAAGGUUAUCAACUACGACAACCGCGACAGUCGUGUUAGCGUCAUCACGGACAGAGGCACCGUCACCAAGACCAUCCUGCUGAUUCACGAUGCCCAUGACGCCGCCACAGGCACCUACUCCUGCGUGCCCUCCCUCUCCGCCACCGCCUCCGUCAGGAUACACAUUCUCAACGGUGAGCACCUCGGAGAGACACCAGCCGCGAUGCAGACCAAUGGUGCCAACGCUGUAUGUGGACCUCAGCGUUGGCAACACUUCUUCGGAGGCGUCCAACCCCUCCUCCUCCUCCUCCUCCUACUAGUUCUCGUUUCCUCUUCCUCCUCCUCCUCCUCCCCCUCCUCCUCCUUUCUCUCCAUUCCGCCAGUGAUGAAAUAAAAUACCACGCUGUUCCUUUGCUUUGUAAAGGACAGAUAGAGUUAAAAGACUUUAUUUCGGUGUCAAGUAAUGUGUGUGUGUGUGUGUGUGUGUGUGUGUGUGUGUGUG